AUGGGAAUCAACGGGCCUCUAGUGUACGGCGCCGUUGUCAACGUUGCGACUCUCAUCAUUUACUUCAUCUACUUCUGCAUCGCGGUAUGGCUUGCCAUCCGCCAGGGCCUGGGUCACAAUUUCCCAUGGAUAUGCAUGAUCAUCCUGUCUCUCUGUCGCCUCACUCAGGUGGCGCUUGAUCUUGCAGCAACCAUUAUAUACCCAGAAACAAAACUUACCAACACGACUCUGGAGACCGGUGUUGCCAUACUCACCGAAAUAAGUUUGACGCCGCUGUUUAUGUCAACAGCAAGCAUGCUCAACAUGACUUCCGGACCGAAAGGACGCCGCAUGCAGUGGGUCCUGCUUCUCUUGUACAUCCCUCUCAUAAUAUCACUUAUUCUGAUCGUCGCUGGAGGCAUCGACCCGAGUUCCCGCGACUCACCUACCUUUGCACCAACCGCAGCGACUAAGGCGGGCAUUGUUCUGUACUGCGUUUGUUUCGCUAUACUGGUCUGGGCGACCACCAUCAUAGCUGCGCGCCUGUAUCUUGCAAGCUCACUUGAAGUCAAGAUCUUGACCACGGUAGUCCUCAGUCUGCCUUUCUUUCUUGUGGACGUGGUAUAUAUGAUGUGUUUCGCCUUCGAGCGUACGGCACCAGUAAUGCGUUUCAAUGUCAUUAGCGGAGACGUUACGAUACAACUUUGCAUGUAA